AUGGUUGGUACCCUGAAAGAGUUGGCAUCCAACAUUAUCAAGCUUAAGAGGUUUGAUGGAGGAAAUUUCAUUCGUUGGAAAAAAUGUGUUCGUUUCCUUCUCACUACACUCAAAGUGGUCUAUGUUUUGACUACACCAAAAUCAUUGAUCAAUCCCGAGGAAAAAACUCUUGAAGACAUCCGAAAACGUCAGGAAUGGGAGAACGACGAUGAAAUAUGCCGUGGUCACAUCCUCAAUACCAUGAGUGACAGCCUGUUUGAUGUCUACCAUUCAAUUACUACAGCUAAGGAACUUUGGGAUCGUUUGGAGUCCAAGUACAUGCAAGAAGAUGCUACAAAUUUCAAGAAAGACAUCAAACAUAAGAAAGAGGAUAUCUCUCUUGAGGUUCUUGCUAAAUCUCUUCGAGUAGAAGAGAAAAUUCGCAUGCAAGAAAAGAAGGAUACUCAAAUCCUUGAUGAGAACAAAGAUUUUACUUCAAAAGUGCAUGUGAUUGAAGAGAGACAAACUGAAAAGUCUCAAGGAUGUAAGAAGGGCCAACAACCUAAGAAUCAAUCUAAGAAAAGAAAGAAAGGACAAUGCUUCUAUUGCAAGAAAGAAGGACAUUACAAGUCCGAGUGCAAGAUUCUUCAAAACAAGAAGAAAAAACAAGAGUCUUCCCAAAACACAAGCAAAAAUCUUGUGGCAAUGAUCUCUGAAAUCAAUAUGAUUGAAGAUGAUUUUGCUUGGUGGGUUGAUUCUGGAGCUACGUGA